CUUAAUACGGAGUAAUAAUAAACUCCCUACGAAAAUGAAACCAACAAACAAUCCCUCCAUCUUCCCAUUCCCCUGCUUUCUCUUCUCACCUUUACUCCUUCCCCUCCAUUUUUUCGGCAAUGGCGACCACAACGAAGAACAAGGUGAAGAUGAAAAUCCCACUCAAAACCAUUAUCCCGGCCUUCCUAUUUCUCAUCCCCUGUCUCGCCGCCGGCGCGCCGGAAUUCGACUACGCCGACGCGCUCUCCAAGUCUCUCCUCUACUUCGAGGCGCAGAGGUCGGGGCGGCUACCGUACAACCAGAGAGUGACGUGGCGCCACCACUCCGGCCUCACCGACGGCCUGGAGCAGGAGGUGGACCUCGUCGGCGGAUACUACGACGCCGGGGACAACGUCAAGUUCGGCCUGCCGAUGGCGUUCACCGUCACGAUUCUGUCGUGGGGCGCGAUCGAGUACGGCGCGGAAAUCGCGGGUGCUGGCGAGUGGGAGCACGCGCUCGAGGCCAUCAAAUGGGGCACCGAUUACUUCAUCAAAGCUCAUACUAGUCCCAAUGUGUUAUGGGCCGAGGUGGGGGACGGAGACAGUGAUCAUUACUGCUGGCAGAGGGCGGAGGACAUGACGACAUCCCGGCGGGCGUUCAAGAUCGACGAGAAUAAUCCCGGGUCGGAUCUCGCCGGAGAAACGGCGGCGGCCAUGGCCGCCGCCUCCAUCGUCUUCCGGAAAAGCAACCCGCAUUACUCCCACCUUUUAUUGCACCAUGCCCAGCAGCUAUUUGAGUUUGGGGAGAAGCACAGGGGCACGUACGACAACAGCAUCGGAGUGGCGAAGAGCUACUACGCGUCAAUUAGCGGGUACAAGGACGAGUUGUUGUGGGCCGCGCUCUGGCUGUACCGGGCCACCGAGGACGAAGAGUACCUCCGCUACGCGGUCCACAACGCUGCCCCCUUUGGAGGCACCACUUGGGCCAUCUCCGAGUUCACUUGGGAUAUCAAAUACGCCGGUCUUCAAAUCCUCGCCUCCCACAUUUUGAUGCUUCAAGAAGAAAAGCUUAGGAAGCACAAAGGCAUCUUGGAAGAGUACCGCAGAAAAGCCGAGCACUACAUAUGUUCAUGCCUCAACAAAAACACCGCCGGCAACAACGUCGGGCGCACUCCGGCGGGCCUCAUCUUCGUCCGGCCAUGGAACAACAUGCAGCACGUGUCGCUGGCGGCAUUCCUCCUCGCGCUACACUCCGACUACCUCAGAAACUCCGGCGGAACCCUAAACUGCCCCGCCGGAGAAGAGGCGGUCGACCAUGCAGAGCUCCUCGGGUUCGCCAAGUCCCAGGCGGACUACAUACUCGGGUCGAACCCGAGGAACAUGAGCUAUCUCGUGGGCUUCGGCCCAAACUACCCCAGGAGGGUGCACCAUAGAGGGUCCUCCAUUGUGUCCUACAAGGACGACCCCAGGUUCAUAGGGUGCACCCAGGGGUACGAUGACUGGUACGGUAGGGACGCGCCGAACCCCAAUGUUCUUUAUGGGGCGUUGGUCGGGGGGCCCGACCGGAACGACGAGUUCGACGACAGCAGAGAUAAUUAUAUGCAGAUGGAGGCGUGCACGUACAACACCGCGCCCCUAGUCGCGGUUUUUGCAAAGUUAAGUUUCUUGAAUAACAACAAUACUUCAUCUAUUGCCUCCAUUUAAGAACAAGAUAAUUAGCAAAGGCACCACCAUUCUAACACAGUGUGAAAUUACUAUAUGCACUGAAAGUCACUCUAUUUUUUCGCUUCUGUAAAGUGUAUUAUAAUAUGAGUAUGAAGCAAGAGAAAAUCAUAUUAAUAGUCAAAUGAAUGCAUCAAAUUUCC